AGUAUAGAGAGUCUCACCCACUCAUUCACUCAAUCAUAAUUCUCUCUCUCUUUCCCUCUCUCUUUCAGAUUCAGAGGCGCACACACAGAGUGUCACACCCACACACAUACAAGAGCAGACAGAACCUAGAACCAGCCAAUCCAGAAAAACCGCUUUUUUCCACAUCAUAAAACCACUCCUCCGUACUCCCACCUUGCUAUCCUCCACUCCGGUUUUUCCUCCCGACCCGACCAAUCCCAUCGCUCAUCUUUGUUAUUUGUACAAAAGAUCUCUAUACUCCUUAAAAAUCCAACCACAUCCCCCACCAUUCUUUCUCUCUCCCUCGUUACUCCUGCUGCUGCUGGCUUCUUUCUCCACAGCUUUGUUCAUCUUCAUUAUCUCCUUUCCUUUUCUAGCCAAUUCUCUCGGAUCUGGAGAUCGAAAAUUCACCAGAAAAUGUCACUCGACGUCGCAUCUGAACAUGUUUGCUAUGUCCACUGCAACUUUUGCAACACUAUUUUAGCGGUUAGCGUUCCAAGCACCAGUUUGUACAAUGUUGUAACGGUUAGAUGUGGGCAUUGUGCUAACCUGCUGUCUGUGAACAUGGGUGCUCUACUACAGCCACUCCCUCUUCAAGAUAUUCAGUUGCAGAAUCACAAUUCAAGCUCUGAAGAUUCUACUAAGGGUUCUGGUUCCUCUUCCAAAUGCAACAAGGUUUCCAUGUUGGACACUGCAGAGAACGACCAACCCCGAAUGCUUCCAAUGCGCCCAGCCCCAGAGAAGAGACAGCGUGUUCCUUCGGCGUAUAACCGAUUUAUUAAGGAGGAGAUUCAAAGGAUAAAGGCCAGUAACCCUGAAAUUAGCCAUAGGGAGGCCUUUAGCACUGCAGCAAAAAAUUGGGCUCAUUUUCCUCACAUUCAUUUUGGGUUAACACUCGAUGGAAAUAAGCAUGUAAAACUUGAUGAAGCAAUUGUUGGGGAAGGACCGAAAAAGACUCAAGGGUUCUACUAAGACAACAUAUCUUGUCACUAGAAUCAAGUUUCUAGUACCCUGAGGAUCACCAAGCCUCCUAACCCAAGAGGUAGGAACUGUUGAACCUCUUAAGGAUCUCUACUGCUCUCCUCCUAUUUCUUCUCUAAUUCCUUUGAAGGGUUGGUUUUCUUAUAUUUGUGAUUUCUUUUAUGAUGAACUUAAUAAUUAAGGUAAAUAAUAAAUUAUUGUGAAUGCAAAACUGAUGAACACAUUCUCCUUGAUAACUAAGGGCCUCAUUCGGUUUUGCUUACUUUUAAA